CUGAUGAAAAUUAUUUUCGUCUAGCACGUAUUUUACCAUGUCGUAUUAUCGAAUAUUCUCGUAAAGAAAACAUUGAUUCAUGUGAUUAUUCGUCAAAAAAUGAAUUUUCAAUACAGAAUACAUUAUUGGCACAAAAAUGGUUUUAUGAACAUCAACAUCCAAUUAAUUGUACGAAUAAACGAUUUGUUAUUAUUCAAAAUUAUGCUUGGUCUGGUUUUGGAUCAACCGUUCAUCAAAUUGCAUGGGCGUUUGGUGCGGCAAUAGCAGAUAAUAGAAUUGCUGUAUAUCAAAUCCCAGGAAAUUGGCUUUAUGGAGAUUGUAAUUCAACAACACCAGAUUGUUUUUUUCUUCCUAUCACUAACUGUUCAAUUCCAUCCAAAGUUGAUGGUAAUCAAACAAUUGCAAUCAAUGCUAAGUUUGGCCAUUGGUCUAAAUCAAUUAUUCCAUCUACAUUUCAAAAUCGAACUUUUAAUUGGUAUCGUGUGCAAAUAUUAUUUUAUUUAAUUCGAUAUAAACCUGAAACAUUAGCUCAUGUACU